UCACGUGAGGGAGGCGGCGAGCGCCUGGAAUGGGUAUAAUGCCAGGGAGCGGCGAGGACGACGACGUUGACGUCGGCGCCGUGAUUUGAGCCUGGCGAUGCCGCCUCAGGAGCCCUGAGGGAAAUGUUAGCGACGAUGCCAUGGGGCAACGCGAGGAGGGAGGAGGCGACGACCGCGCGCUGAGCCGCCUUCAGUUCGCUGCGCGGCGGAGGCGGCGACAGUUGGGUCCCUCUGCGCUCCGAUGGCCGCAGCGGAGCCGAGCCAGGACGCGGUGCUUCAGUUCCUAUCGGAGCGGGGAGGUCGGGCUCGCAACGCCGACCUGUUGGACCACUUCCGAGGCUACCUCAACUCCCCCGACCAGCAGCGCCGCUCGCGCGCCAGGGAGCGCUUCAAAGAGAUGGUCAACGCCGUGGCUACCGUGAGGCAAGAGCCCGGCUCCGGGGCCAAGUACGUGCAGCUGAGGAAGAAGUACAGGGUCGCCGUUGCCGUCGUGGCCGCCGAGCCGGCUGAGGAACCCGGGGGGCCCCGGCUGCCCCCCGAGCCUGGCGGAGAUGGCGAAGCUGCCCGGCGAGAAGCGGGGGAGCCCCAGAAGGAAGAGGAGGAGGUGGCGGCGGCGGCGGCGAAAAGGAGCCUCCCUGUUGCUGUGGAGGAAAGCGGACCCCGGCAGCUUGAGGCGCCCGAUGCCGCUGAGGUGCCUCAGGCGACCCCUGGAGGAGGAGGAGGCCAGGAGGGGAGAGAGGAGCAGGAGGACAGCCGCUCUCAGCACGGGGAGCCAGAGCCGGGCAGUGGCGAGACCCCGCCUGAGGACGACUCCGCCGCCGCCGCCUCGGGGGUUGCCCCCGCGGCGGCCCCCGCCACCACCCCGCGUUGCGCGCGCAAGAACUUCCGCGAGCGGAUGCUGGGCAGCUCCCCUCAGCUGAAGCGCGGCGGCGGGCUUGCCCCUCGCGGGAGCCGCUCCACCGCCAGCGGGGGGGACUCGGACAGCGCCUCGCUGGCGUCGUCUUCUGCUGAGGACGAGGGCGGCAGCAACUCGGGCGCCUCGGUGGCCCUGGACCCCCUGGAGCACGCGUGGAUGCUGUGCGCUUCGGACGGCCGCUGGGAGAGCCUAGAGGGCCUGCUGAGCUGCGAGCCGUCGCUGCUGUGCAAGCGGGACUUCAUCACGGGCUUCACGUGCGUGCACUGGGCCGCCAAGCACGGCCGCCACGAGCUGCUGGCGCUGCUGGUGAACUUCGCGCAGAGGCACCGGCUACCCGUGGACGUGAACGCGCGCACCAGCGGAGGCUACACGGCGCUGCACCUGGCCGCCAUGCACGGGCACCUGGAGGUGGUCAAGCUGCUGGUGGGUGCCUACGACGCCGACGUGGACGUGCGCGACUACAGCGGGCGCAAGGCCGCGCACUACCUGAGCCGCAGCACCGCCGACGAGGUGCGCAGCCUGGUGGGGGCCCUGCAGGACGAGGCCGACGGCGGAGCGACCAACGGCAGCGGGCGCUGGAGGCUCUCCAAGGUGCUGCCGGCCAACCUCAUCUCCUAUAAGCUCUCCCACCACCUCCUGCCCCACCACGGGGACGAUGGGGAGACGGGAGACGGGGCUGGAGCGCCCGGCAAGGCUAAAGAACUGAGCAGGAAAACCUCGGGCAGCGGGAGGAUAAAACCGCGGCUCAACAAAAUCCGCUUCCGGACCCAGAUCAUCCACACCACUCCUUCUUUCCGCGGGGAUGCAGAGGAGGAAGGUCAAGAAGAAAGGUCCCUAAAAUCCUCUUUCAAGCUCAGACCUAAGUCCAAUGUGUUCGGGUAGAACAAGGAGUGUUAUUUCUUGUACCUGAAUGGGGCAGGGUGUGUGGGUGGCUGAGUCUAAUGCCACUUCCUUUGCCGGGAUGGAGCUGUUUGAGGAUAAAUCUACCUGGGACAAUGCCUUUAACUGCUAGGCAGGCACUGGGCUAAGUACGGUAGGAUAAAUACAGAGUAGGACUUGAGGGCGUAAACAAACAUUAGCUAGUAGCCUACUGUGGUUGUUGGCAUUUCAAUAACUCACCAAACUAACUGAAACACUAUUUUACUUUAACAUUUGAGAUUUAAAUAUUUCUACUUGGAUUAAGUUUUGUCUGGUUACAGUCCCUGGAGCUGCUAUGUAUGGAGGGUUUUUAUGGUCCAGUUCUUACUGAGGUGGGUGUGGCUAGGUUGAACCUUUAAGGCUUGCAUGUGAUGAGGGCUUGUUCACCUACAAGCAAAAUCUCUGCACAUGGAAAACUACCAUGUGAAGAAGGCAAAGCUUUAACUUUUCCUCUGACAUCUUGUUUUCUCUGUGGAAGGAUUUCAUUUUUAAAAAUUAGUAUGGAAGAUUAAUUACACAAGCUUUUGCUGAAGUGGUAUUACACAAGUUCAUUCCACAAUGAGAACUAUAUUUGUAAGGGCCUAACUUGAGAUCCUUAGCUAUUGUAGGGUCAUUUAUUGGUGUUAUACAGAGGGAAGAGAAUGCAAGUGUGGGUGGCAUUCAUAGAAGCUAAGUGAACAGGCAGGAGUUUAGUUAAGCUUUUCCCAUGGCUACCAAUUCUUCCUUGAAAUCCUCAAUGUUACAAGAUUUCUCCUGGCCAGAAACAAUUUCUGAGUCCAGGUAGAAGGGAGUGGGAGUGUUACAAUGCAUAAGGGGCAAAGGAAACACAGUAUUGGAAAUGCUGUGGUGCCUUCCUAACACCAUAUAGUUUAGCCCUAAUGCUAAGGGACAAGUGUUUAAGAAUGCAUAGGUAAGAGUAUGUAUUCUAAAAACAUUGCCUGACAACUACAGUACAGGCUGAGUUUGUGACUGAGAAGCACUAAAGUUGGCCAUUAAUUUAGAGGGAAAGUGAUUAUACCUAAAGGUACACCUUUUUAUUUUUAUACUUUUGAGUUUUAAACAUACUUUUCCUAUUGAGUACAUUGCCUUGGAAGUGCUAACAGUACCCGAAGGUAACUUUAUUUUGUUGUGAGACAGGGCUCUCAGUAGCUAUCUAGUUGAGGUGCAAUUGAAUAUAAUUUAAUUUGUUAAAUGAUUAGUUGCAAAGUAAAGAGAGCGAGAGCUAUGCUGCUAUGUGCUCAGUGAGACUUUUCCUCCAUCAGCUCUAGAAAGGGCUUGUUUCAUUCUUGUUCGAUGGGAGACUGCUGCAGACGAAUUUACUAUAGAAUCUUUAAGAAGCAAUCUUGUAUGCUAGCUCCUAAGUGCACACAAUGGUUGCCUGUACAGAAGACAGGUUCUGCAACCCAUCUUUCUCUUCCUUCCCCUCUGCAGCCCUAGCAAUCCCUCUUUGUCCCAAAAGAAUCUUCACUUCCACCCGAUUUCAGGUGAUUACUCACUCUUACUCUAGCCCAGUACUACACUUCCCAGAGUGUUUAAGACCUUCCAACCCUCUGGAGCAGUUUUUCAGGUACUAAAGGAGGAAAGAGACUGGUUGUGUGAGCUGGCUUCCACUUGUAUGGCGUCUGAACAUGUCAUUUGGGUUUAUCUUGAAGAAAAGUGCUAGUGCAUUUAACCAUUAAUAAUGAAAGACAUGUUUUAUUCAGAAGGUAUGAGCAGGAGACAUUCAUAGCACUAUAACAAAAAAUUCCCAUAUAGUGUUCUCAUUAAAUGGAUUCCCUUACACUCUGAAACACACUUGCUGUGUGAUCCAGAGAUCAGGAGCAGCACAGGGACACCAGUGGUACACCAGUGGAAACAGUGUCUGUUGUGUUAAGUGUGUAUAUGAGGAUAAUUAUGGGGUUUGAUAUGACCAUUGCACAUGUGUUCUCCAGUUACUGAAUGUGAAAUGUCAUGUGCGCAAGCUUAUGCACAUCAAGUACAAUGGAUAAUGCAUGUAAAUAUAAGAGCACAUGGAUUGUGCUUGCUGGAGCCUGUUACAAAAUGUCUUGGAAGCUUUCUUAUGUCUUCCUUGGCAUGAAAGUUACUUAACCGUUCCCUCUUUUGAACAGGGAAUAAAUGUGUUGUAGAAAAGCACCAACAAAACUUUAUAGCUUGAAACUUGAAAAAAAAUGCUUUAAAAAUACUAAGAAUAAUAUUUGAGGGGAAGUUCCCAAUGUCAACUGUUCAAAAGUCAACAGUUCUAGCAAAACAUGAAUAAGAGAUCUGUGGUAUAAGCACUUUCUCUUCAACAAUAAGGAUAUUGGGGCUGGACCUCUGAUGCUGCUGAAAUGAAUAUAAAAGUCAAAAUGCUGCCAAGUAAAUGCUAAAGCAUGUUUCUCAGAUUUUCAGAUACUUUGGAACUGUUAUGUUAAACACUUAUCUAAGGGAAUUAGAAGCUGUUUUUAAACCAUGGAAUAUGAACAGUACUGUUUAUGAAAGCAGCUUUGGAUGUUAUCAUGUGAGGUUCCAUAAACCACAGUAGUUGUGCAAGGCCUCUUACUGUGCCAUUUUAGAUGUUUUGCUAAGGAGAAUGUGUAUUUAAGCGAACACUCUCUCUCUUCACAACUUACUCUUUGGCAGAAGCAUAACAAGAGGCCAUGUGCAAAUUCUUUGCAGCUUGCAUAUCCACUUGAAUUAAUAUCUGAAACUUCUGAGUAACCUCUUCAGUAACUGCAGCUUUAACUUCCUGAUAGACUAUAUAAAUCCAAGCAAUGCUUAGGGUACAUAUAAACAGGAAUAUGAAAAACUUUUGUGUUGUGAACAUUUUUAUUAUAUUCUUCCAAAAGGUCAGUGAUAGGAGUCACUGACGGAGGAAGGGGGGUGCGGGUAGUGCAGCCCACCCUGGGUGUCAUUCCUGGGGUGUGUGACAUAGCCAUGGGUGGCGCCCCCUGGGACACUUGCUGUGGGUGCCAUCGCACUGCCCCCAUGGGCAGCUCGCCCCACCCCCACGGUGCCAGAGCAGCUAGCUCUGCCUCUGAUAGGAGUCUGACAAAAGUUAUGAAGUCAAACUGCUUACAAAACAUGCCAUUGAUACUGGCCUCAUUUGUUAGCAUGUAGUGCUAAGCCAAAUUAUGGGUUAGAAGAAGCAGGCAUGGUGGUACACGGUGAGAAAAACACAGCCACUUUGUUCCUGCUGCUGUCAUGCUACUGGGGGCUAAGCCAUGGUUUGGCUUAGCAUUAUAUCCCAACCUGGGAUACAAACCCCUAGUGGCAAGCCAAUAACAAACCUUGGUCAUAGUUUGCUUGAAGCGAGGCAAGCCAUAAGACCAGGUUCAACUGAAACAUAAAGCCAAGUCAUAACUCUGCUCCAAAUUAUAUGGGAGGAACAAAGUGGCAAAUUAUUUUCUCACUAUAUACCAACAAACUUGCUUGUUCACACUAAACCACAAUUUGGUUUGUAUUAUGCAUGAAUGAGGCCACUGUCUAAAAUCCUUACUGGAAGAAACUGAAUGAUGAAGAACAACUUAUUGUACAAGCCUCUUCUGUAUGCACACAAGCUAGAACAAAUGCAAAGGCAGUAUCAGUUUUAAUUUGUAAGCUAUAAUUACACGUGCCUUUUGUAAAACAAAGCAAACUACAGUACAGAAGAGAGGAGUGUAUUGAGCACUUCCACUCACAUUUCAAUAGGAAGGAUGCCAGUGGUGUCUCCAUCUUUCUGCCAACAUGUAACUUAUUGUAGCAAAAGAAAUGUUCCAAAGUGUCACUCUGCACUACAGCACUAGAUGUUUAAUCUUUGUAGCAAAUGAUACAGAGCUUGACAAUUCUGCAGUGCAGAAUACUGUCUGAAGUAGAAUAUCCUUGCAGGUUUAUUUAAAAUAACCUGAAUAUUGCUAACUUCAGCUUUCUUGUAUGAUCUCUAAGAGGAAUAUGUUCCAUACCAUUCUAUUUUUAAAUGUUGACUGUCUGCCAAAUUUAAAGUACUGGUAUAGCUGUCACAAUGUUGUAUUUUUAUAGGUACUGUAUUUAAAUGUUGAUCUAAGAGAUAAAUACAAAAACUUGCAUAUACUGUUAGCCUUUAGUUUUUGAUUAUAGAGAUUUUUUAUCUUUUAGAUUCUUGGAGUGUUGUUACUUAAGGUACUAUAGCAAUUUCAGCAACUUUGUUCACUAACUAAGGGCUCAGUCAUAAACUAGUGAUACAAUAAUUGGUAGAUAUUAUGUGAAACUGCAUCAUAGUGUACAAUUCCAAACGUUUACUAGUAAAAAUCAUAAAGUGCAACAGUUUGAUUCUAAACACUAACUUAAUACUGUGGGGCUUUCUUGUAUACAGUACAGUAUGUUCCUUCUCCCACAACUGAAGGGGAAUUUGUCACAGGGUAACUUCUGGUGAAGAACUGGCUUUUGGUGUCAUAGUAUUGGGGUUUCUAUUUCUAUGGCUGUGUUUGGACAUAACACUAAGUCACAACUUAUGCUUUUUUGAAUCAUACUUUUUCCAAUUUGCGUCUUCCUUAGUUGUGUGGAUAACAAACCACAGAUCAGCCAGCUUGGUAUUACAUCUAGACCAGCAUUCAUGGUUUGUUUUUUCUUCUAAUGCUUCAUACGUGUGCUGGCUCAGAUGCAAUGCUAAGCCUGCUGCUCAGUGGUUUGUUAACCCACUCAGUUAAGGGAGGACUAAAGAAGGAACAUUGCAUUCUGCUCCUGUUCAGUGUGGUUAGACAAAUCCUAUUUGGGAGCCUAGUAAUACAGCUGAGUACAGCUGAAUUAUGGGUGGAAGAUGCACAUGAAGAUUCUUCCCUUUUUUGUAGUAUCUUCAACAGAUUUCACUCAGAUUAACUUCAGAAUUAAAUUGCACAAAUAAUGUAGAACGCUAGCAAAGUUCCGCAUUAGACAUAUUCUAUAUUUACAGGUGGCCAGCAUAUACUUUACUUUCCAAUUAAAUUAAGUUUUUUUACCUAUUGACUUCACAUUCUCUCGUCACUGCAUUUUAAAAGUGUUUCUUCAGAUCAAAUGCUUCUGCUGAAGAAAACAGUUGUAUUGUAUUGGUAUUUGUGGCUUUACCAGUACACCAACACUUAAAUGUUGUACAUGUCACUGGGUAUGGUGUGGUACAAAAUUGGAGUCUAACCUUAAUAAAAACGGUACACAUUUUCAGCUAUCUCUUUCUGAUAGAAGUGUGAAAUAAUAGAGUUGCAAUCUAAUGUCUGCUAACUUGGCAAGUCCCACUGAAAUCAUUGGGAUUUUAUUCUAAACAAGCAUGUACAGAACUAGAUUAUCAUUAUUUUUACCUCAUACCUGAAUCCUUUGUGGUAUAAUUGUCUCUAAGACUAUUGGUGAAAACAAAUUUUAAUAUGUGCCUGAAUGAAUGGUUGAGUGAAGAAUCACUGUAAAAACAUCACUUUCAAUGAAAUAAAAUGUCAUGUUCUUUUUAUUGUGGAGUUAUGUUUGUAUUGUGCCUACUCUUCUAAUAAUGAUCUGCAGCAAUGCUGUAGUUGUGGGGAUGGAAUAAAGAUAUUGAGUUUUUCUUGUAAUAACCACAUACAGUAGUACUAAUUGCCUAGGCCACCUUUAGUGACAUUUAAUUUUGUAUCAGUUACUCAUCUGUGGAUUAUUUCGCGUUCUUGGCUCAGAUCUGAGAGAUCACAACUUGGAUAAAUUAUGACCCUCCCACACUCAAUUAGGAUAGGCAAGGUGCUAUUAUUUUCAUUAUAUCCAUGUUUUUCUUUAGGUUAAGCAUCCUAUAUGGAGCUUUUUGCUCAAUGUCUGACAAGUCAACAUGUGUGGUGGGGUUUCACAACAUGGCUCUAAGAUUUGCUGGUCUUGUUUAACAAAUUUGAGUCCCUCCCCUUGCACUGCCACCACCAUUCUUGGAUUAUCUUUGUGAUGUAUUUUUAUUUAGAGUUAUUGAAUUGAUACUAUCUAUAUACUUGGAUCUGUUAAUACUGAAUUUUCUGUAAAGGUUAGAAUGUCAUCUUUUCUCAUCAUUAUUUGCUCCAGUUCUUUAUGGACUCCUGUCAGUUCACACACAGGUAUCUGUCUGCACCUACAUCUGCACCUGUGAUUAAGACAAAGUAUUCAUUCAGUAUACUGUAGUGUAUCUGCAUCACUAAUGCACAAUUGAAAGGACAACACUUGCUAAAGUGUAUGUGUUCCAUUCUGGUUUUCAGCAUUCAAAAAUUAUGUCACUGGUUUUAGAUUAACAUGUACUGUUGAGAGCAACAUGGUUCAAGCAACUAUUAUUCAAUAUUUAUAAAGUACAGCACAUGCAUGAACAUGUUCAGGCCAUCCCUACCCAUAGAUGUAGCAUAACACAAUGAAAAAGGAAGAGCAGAGGAAGGCAAGCACUGGAGCAACAGUGCUUCCUGAGAUGGAGGGGGGGUGCAACUUCACUCCCAAAUCACCUGCCUGGAGGAAGAGCUCAGACUCAGCUCUGCAGUCCCAGGCAACUGGUACCAGUAGUUGGAGCAGUGUGUGCUUUCUCAUUGGGAAGAGGAAGCAAGCUCCUGGCAGCUGCUCCUUCAUUGGCUAAUGGAUGGGUUAAAGUUGGUGUCUACUCUUGCCAUGGAAAUCCAUUGGGGAAGCUGUGUGUGCAGCUUGCCAUUGGCUCUUAGCAAACUGACUGGUGGCAGAGGCCAGAGUAUGUCUCCCUUUAGUUCUGUAAUCCUAAGGCAACAUAAAUCUAAAAGCCACAUUUAAGCAUUAAUUCUGUAUUAAAUAAAUGCAUGAGUCACUGAUGAAAAAUGCAAGCAUUUCCUAACAUGCACGCGAUGAACAAUAGAUGUUUGAUAUCCUAGCCAAAGGUUGAAUAGCUUCCCAGUAUGUUAAAGGUCAACUUUAUUAAGUGUGUGUGUGUGUGUAACCCUGAUUAAGCUCUACUUCAUUCUACUAUAAAUUUUACUGAAGAAAUCCAAAAUAAAAACAGCUCCAGCUCACAUUCUUUCCUAAUGAAACUAUACGGUGUGUUUUGGUCAAGUAGCAACCUGGAAAUGAGUCAAACCUGCUUGUCAAGAAUAUAGGAGUCUGACGUGCCAUUGGCCUGAUCUGGCAGGCACUGCUUAAGUCCGAUGAGCAACCUGAAUAGGCUUUUAAUAGCAAGAAAUUGAAUUUUCUACCUGAGCUCUCAAUGGAAUGAGUUCAGGAAGCGUUUUUUCACUUCCUUUUGUAUAUCAUCCACAUAUACAAUUUAUCAUGUUGCUGAACAUUUAUGAAUAUCAUGUACCUAAUAAUUUUGGCAUCACAGGUGUUAGGAAAAUAAAACUAGUACAGUAGUAACAUAGACUUCAUCGUUCACAUGUAAAUAAAUAGGAUAUGUGAAACUAUGUACUGUUCUAACCUACUUUCUUUGCCAAAGUCGGCUUGCAUGUUUUCAUCUUUUUCCUGCUACAUGCUCUCUAAAAAUACCUGUUUUUGUUUAUCACCAGUGAUUCAAUUACGUGUAGGUGGUGGGUGCUGGAAAACCAGAGAGAGGGAACAUAAAAGGGAGAAGUUGGAGAAUGAAACAAAACUGAAAUUCCCCUAAGUGCAGUUGUAAAAAUCCCCACUAAGUAAUCCAUGAAAACUUUGUUGAUAAGGAUUUAUUAAGCACCUGGGUUUUCUUUGGUCUCUUGUCCUGGAGGCAACCACAUGUCCCAACUAUUUUGAUGAUAUAGGACUGCAUUGCUAAACCAUACACCAAAAAGGAAAGUCCCAAAGGUGCUUAGAAAUUUAUUUAAAUAGAAUCUUACGCUUGACAUGCUUUGAGUGUUGCUGGGUGUUCUGUAAGGAAUUUCAGGCUGAAUUGAUUCCUCUUCUCUCUUCUUAUUCUUUAGCUCUCAGUGAAGAAUGGGUGUAGUGCAGUGGCUAAUAGAUUGACAUAUGAAAAAAAGUACCUCCUAAAGCCUAAUUUGCUUUAUCUCUACCAUGAGCUCACUAGGUGGUCUGUGGCCUUACAACUAGACGGUGCACAAAAACUGCUUUGGAACAGUUGAAAACACUAUACAAAUGUUAAAUGUGAUAAUAAUCAUCAGCAAGUAGUUUUUGAAGAUGAGCCAUCUGAGUUCAAAACAUGUUUUGUGUUGGAUAUUGGUGGCUUUUUCUGAUUAAAAAAAGCCAUCUUGAUCACAACUGGGAUUUGGUGUGCAUGUGUACACAUGAAUUCUUAUAAGAGCCAUAACCGCCAACCCAAUUUUCAGAAUUAAGAAUCAGCACUCUGCCUUUAAGAGUCUGGAAAUAUUUGAGGUCAGGGAAAAAGAACACCACUCAUGUUCCAAACAGAAAGCAUUUGCUGAUAUGUUGCAAUUCUGAGCUGGAACAUGUAAAGAGCACUCAUAUAUAAUAUAGUUACUGGAAUGUGUUGAUUACGACUAUUUGCUGUUCAGAAAUCAUUUUGUAAACUCACUGAAAAGGUCACAGCUUAUCUUUCUUUAAAAAAAAUAAAAGGCAGAGAUGGGGCGUUGAAGCACAGUGUUGUUGUUUCUUAUUCCCUAGCCUACAAUUAUUCCUUCUGCAGCAGCCUUAGCCAACCUGGUGUCCUCCAUAUGUUUUGGACUACAGCUCUAAAGCAGCUGGAACACAUCCAUAUCUUAACAUUGAAAAAAUACAAAAAAAUACAAAAAUAAAACAUACCUUAGUGUUUGUAUACAAUCUGCGGAACAGGGGUCAUACACAUAUGUAACCCCUGCUGCCUGAAGCAGGAAAUGGAAAGCUUAAUAUACAGUUCCACCACAGGUAACACCCUAGUUAAUCAAGGCUAUUGAAAUUUUAGAGUUACAUGCAACCUCAAGAUCCUGAAAGUAAUAUAAUUUGUAUUUUUCUGUAUUUUUUCAAUGUUAAGAUAUUAUGGACUGUAUAGACUCGUGUUCAUGCUGGCCAUUGGCCUUAAUAUAAUGUAUGACAUAAUUAAUGAUAUAUAUUUAUUCAAUUUAUUUUUUUGUAGUUAAAAAACUGAAGAAGACCGAAGCGAAACAGUAUGAUUACCUUGGGUCACUGUCAUCAUAUGUCAUUAUAGUUUAUAAAGAUAAAAAUAGAUAUAUAUUUCGCCCGUUGGAAUUGGUCGACAUGUUGCCUCUUUUUUUGGUAUUUUGGAUGCAUUGUAGCUAGUCUUGGGAUGGUGGAGCUAGCUGGUGGGAGUGAAACAGUGACACAUACACAGCUUUUGUCCAUCUAGCAUUUAUCUCUCAAGGUGUUAUGAUUUGGCACACCUUUUGUAAGCUCUUAAACCGUAAAUAUGCAUGUGCUCUGAAUUGGUACAAUAUCUAUUUGUACAAUAUCUACAUGGCCAAAAGAUAGAUAUUAUUCAAAACGAUGCCGUACCCUCCUCUACUGCUAAAAUCUGCCCUCAAAGGACUGGUCUUGUGUGAUAUUUGCAUAGAUGCGUCUUCAGAGAUUCCCAAAAUGUUAUUUAAAGGUGUAUAAAGCCAAUCAAUGCACAUUCAUUUACAUAGUCACAUAAUUCUUUCUUGUUUGAUUUGAAGUGACAGCUGAAGCUCAAUCUCUGUUUUGUUUAAACUUAUGAGAAAGGAGAGUUUAAGGAGGGAAGCAGCACAAUAUUCCUCUCCAAAAUAAAGCUGGAUCCCUCAGGGAAAGGCACAUAAAGCUCUUAAGUAGAUCUGUGAUGGUUUGGGAGUAUUCAAAAGAGCAAGAUUUGAGAAGCAGGCUUCAGCAGCCAGGUCCCUGCAGUUAUUCGAUAAACCCCAGAUACACCUCAUAUGACAACACAGUGAACAUUCAAAGCAUGACUUGCUAUAAUUGGUGGGAUCCCCCAACUAUUUAAACAAACAGGGAAGGAAAACAAACCCAUUGUUGUUUGAAAAGGUUUUGCAUGUGGAAGCAAUUCUGAAUGCUACUAUGGCCACAACAGCCUUUUGGGAAAGCUAAACAGAGUAGACAGCUGGUCAGAGUCACAGAACCAUCAGCAUGAGAUCUGGCAUCUUGCCCCCAACAGCUUUUAAAUUAGAUAAGCUAGCCUGACCAAUGCUUAACUCUUAAUCCAUCGCCAAUAAACCUCAAUCCCUCUGCACUGUUAUUUCAGUGUUCAUUAUGUGCUGGUGGAAAUAUUCACAGAAAUGCUGUGUGUGUGUGUGUGUGUGUGUGUGUAAGAGCAAAUCGCAAAAACAAAAAAAGUUACUACAGUAUUUUUAUUGAAAUUACUUUUUGUUUAGAUUUAUCUUAGGAUAAACAUUUUAAGAGCUCCUGUGGUCUGAACUACCUGCCCUAAAUGAUAGCCCUGCUGUUACUGAGUCAUAGAAGCUCUCUAAUGUUUACAGUGAGGGUGAUAUCACAUUUUGAAUUUCUAAGGAACCUAGGUCAAGGUUCCAAGGAACCUACUUGCUGUGAGCAACUUUAGUUUGCUUCCCCUCAUAGUAGUGCAAAAUGGUACAGAAAACACAUCCCAAAUGUGGAAAACCAUUCCAGGAGUGUGAGAGUUGAUUGUUCUCAGGAAAAAAAUAUAGUAUAUUCAAAUAGUCUUGUAUUGUUGCCAUCUGAGCAGGGUACAAAUAAUAAAUUAUAUAAUAAAUAAUAAUAGUAUUAUUAAUUAUUAUUACCUGUCUGACUUGGAAGACAAUGGAGGAGUGUUUGCCUUUAGGGGUGAGAUCAAACUGUUGGAAGGUUGCAGCGCCUGCUCUGGCUGUAGAGACCGAUAUGGGAGAGACAUGUUUUGUUGCAGCUGGGGCAGAUGAAGGCGUCCGGUUUUUCUGCUACUGGUGCACCAUGGUGUUUCUUCUCUCUGCACUCCUCCCAAUGAUCAUUCCUCCUCUGGACAUUGCAAUGGAUACACAACCUGACAUGGCAACUGAUAAAGGUCUCCCUCUGCUACUUGCCUCCUCUCUUUGGCUGUGUACAUGCUCCCAUUGACUCUGCAGCUUGUGUGCUCCUACUGCUGCUAUAAGAAGCAGUAUACACAUGGCAUUAACCACAAUCAAUAUCUAUCUUGAUACUGUUAUUAUUAUUAUUAUUAAAUAGUGCACUUUGAUGCAUUCCCUCCCCCAAACCAGCUUCAAUCUGAAUUGAGAAAAAGAACAAUACUGUAUACACUAUUGCUUUAAAGCACAUUUGAAGUUAUUGGGGUGUAGGGAGGCUGUGUACACAUUAAGAGCUUAAAAUGGUACACUAUACGUUUAAGGCACUUCCCCCCCCCCCCUUCAAAUAAUACUGGGCACUGUAGUUUGCCCCUUACAGAGUUGCAGUUCCCAGCAACUCUUAACAAACUACAGUGCUCAGUAUCCUUUGAAUGUAUGCCAGAGUGACUCACACACAGUAUGUUUUAAAACUUCCAGUUUUAUUUCAAGUUUGUAUGUAUGUAUAAUUUACUUGAUUUCUUACCUGCCCUUCACAAUGAAGUUCCAGUGCAGGUUGCAACAAUUUAAAAAUGUUGUGAGCCUGAAUCCUUUCCAAUUCUUGGAUCCAGCAAGAAUUCAAUUGCUGGAAUUGCCAGGACAGCUUCUUGGCAAUUGCCUAAGUAUGGGUUGUUAAGGUAACAAAGGAAGCUCCCUCAACCGGCUGGUAAUUAAAAGGAUACCUGUCAGUCAGAAUUGUGUGUUUGAGCUAGAACCAGGCUGCAGGCUAAAGCCGGUGAAGGAGACAUGCUUGACUUCUGCUGGAAUCCAAGGCUGUGGCUAGGGGAGAAGCAAUACCUUCUUGGGGUGUUAUAUGUCUCAGGUUAGGCUCAGGUUGUGCAAAUAAAACAUAUAUCUUGAAGGCACCACAGUCUCCACUGUCCCUCAUUCCGAGGGAACCAAACCCUGGAACUCCUGGAAUCCAGCACUGCUCAGAGAUUAGGGUGGCGUGGACCAAUACAAUUUUAAAGCCAAGUUGUAAACGGUAUCCAUCUUUCCUGAAAAGAUAUGCAUGAGCUUAAUGUGCAUCAUUAAACUAUGGAACUUGCACAUUUCUCCAAGAUGAUGCCACAGUUGCUGCUUCAAGACAUUAUGCUGGAAACAUAAAGCAGCUGAAGAUACUCCCUGACAGCUUUCAGAUAAACAUGGUUAGUCAACAACCAUUCAAAGAGGAAAAGCAGGCAGGUAUGUGUGUGCUGUGCAGAAUCUUCCUGAGGCUUCUAGCUUUCAGUUUAAGAAUAAAGCAAGAUUCCAUGGCUUUAGAGAAAAUUCUGAUAAAGUAGGCCAUGCUUCUCUCUGCUGAAAGCUCAGAAACCCAAAGAACUUUGGCUUACACCUUAUAGUAGUCAGAGAGCAAAUCCAUUUCCCAUAGUUUAUUCCAAAUGCAAAAUUUUGAUUUGUUUGGUAGUCCAGCAGGGUAUGCAUUUAAGAGCACAAUGGUACUGAUUAAAACAAGGGUUCGCCACAGAAUUGAUAAACAAUGAAAGCAGAAACGCUCUUACAAUUCCCUCAUUCCUGCCCAUCUCUGGAAAACUACUACUACACCUACUCUCUAAACAAAGACAGCAUUUUGAUGUUAACUGGUAUGGGAGGAGGUGGGGACCACUGCUAUGGGGAGCUUUUGUCAGAGGAAAAGUAACAGAAAAAUCCAAGAGAAUAGAGUUCACUGUUCCUUUAGCAACCAGUGUACCUUCCUUGGGCCCCGUUUAAGAUAUUUAAGGGAUCUGCAUGCUGGUUACACUGUGAACGCAGAAGAGUUUCUUCUUCCCUACACUUUUUUUACAG